AUGUAUAUAUCUUGUAGGGUCUUUUUUUACCAAAAGGUGGUGCGAAUGGAUGAAUCAAGGAAGGAAAACAUCCAAGAAGAGGUAAGAAGAGAGAAAGUGAUCGCGGUGGAGAUAUACAAUGGGGGUGAUCUUGCUGGAGCCAAAGAACUGACGGUCAAGGCACACAAUCUUGAUCGCAUUGAUGAAGGGAAGAAUAUAAUUGACGAUGCAUGUAGAAUUUUGCCUGGGGAAAAAGAGAAGCAGGUUAAUGAGAGACCAGAAGAUCAACCUCUAUCAAGAGUUACUGACCUUGUCAACCAAUCAAGGAUGAUGAAUGGAGGAGAACGCAAACGGAAGGAACCUCCAUCAACAAAUACGCUUCAUGUUCCUCAUCAGAUUAGAAGAAUCAACGAAGAUGGACAUAUCAAUUGUGAUCUCGAGCUUACUACAAGUUUGGUUCAAAGUGCUUUGGAUGAUGUGGAUACAAUGUAUGCUCCCACUUCUCAAUACAACAGUAUUGGUGCAGCUGCCGAGGGAAACCAAGCCUCCAAGGAUUGUGAUGAAGCGGAGAGAGUAGAGAUUGUAAAUGAGGAGGACCCGUAUGUGGUAGAUAUGAGUGUCCCAGAUCCAGAUUUCUAUCACUUUGACAAAGACAGAAUCGAAUCUUCAUUUGGAGAAAACGAGGUAUGGGCUCUUUAUGAUGACUAUGGAAUAUUGCCUCGUAAUUAUGCAUUUGUCCAUAAGGUUGUGUCCCAAGAACCUUUCAAGUUGUGUAUUUCAUGGCUUAACUGCAAGAAAAAUGACGAAUUGGGUCCAAUGAAAUGGAUUGAAUCAUACUACUACAAGACAAGCGGAAACUUCUCAGUUGGGAAGCGAACUGUUUGGGCUCUCUAUGAAAAUUGGUCACCAGCUUGGGACAUUACAAUUUCUCUAGAAGUUAUGAACAAGUUUGAAAUGGUUGAAGUGCAACAAGAUUUUGAUGACGAAAAAGGUGUGAGGGUUGCACCGCUUGUUAAACUCCCAGGAUUUCAUAAUAUAUUCUGCCGCCAUCCAACUCGUAAGACAUACCCAAGGGAAGAACUGUUCAGGUUCUCGCAUCAGGUACCUUUUCAUUUACUUACAGGUGAAGAAGGUGAGAACGCUCCUAAAGGUUGUUUGGAGCUUGAUCCAGCAGCUUUGACACCAGAGCUUCUCAAAGCUUUCAUCGAGGACGAGAUGGGAGAAGUGGGGAAUGCACUUGAUAAACCAGAGAAGCAAGCUAACGAGAUACUGGAAACUAUUAACAAUAUAUGA